AGGCCGGCGAGCCGCCGCCAGCUGACUGCAUCCAGCUGAAAGUGCCCGUGAUUCAGCAGCUGUACCACUGGGACUGCGGGCUGGCCUGCUCCAGGAUGGUGCUUCAAGGAACAUGAGCUUAGGUGCAGGAGAAAUACCUAUUUAGAUGUCCACUUAGUAGAUAUGAAGCAGAAGAUUUUCAUUUCUCUCCAUCCCUUCUGCCAAGACGUUAGUCCGUGUGCUGGUACCUGAAUCAUUUGGACAAUGAUGAGUUUCAGAAAGCCAUCCAGGAUCUCCAGUUAACAAAGAGUAUCUGGACUAUUGACCUGGCCUACCUGAUGCGGCACUUCGGAGUUAAGCAUAAAUUUUGCACCCAGACACUCGGAGUGGACAAGGGCUACAAAAAUCAGGUACAGCCUGGGCAGCAGCAGUGUUUAGCUUCCACACUUUCCCCACCACCGUGCCUCAGCCUUGACCUGGAAGAUCCACCUCUAGAGUCAUUUUACAGGAAGCACUUUGACACAGAAGAGAAUCGAGUGAAUCAGCUCUUUGCACAAGCCAAAGACUGCAAGGUGCUGGUGGAGAAAUGCACAGUCACCGUUCAAGACAUCCAAAACCACCUGUCCCAGGGUCACGUAGCCAUUGUCCUUGUGAACGCAGUCCUGCUGCUGUGUGAUCUCUGCUCAAGUCCUGUCAAAUACUGCUGCUUCCUUCCCAUUGGACAGAAGUGCUUCUGCAGGAGCCCUGACUACCAGGGCCAUUUCAUUGUGUUAUGUGGCUACAACAAAGCCUCAGGGAGCAUUUACUACAACAACCCUGCCUAUGCUGACCGAACAUGCUGCACCAGCAUCAGUAACUUUGAGGAAGCCAGGACAAGUUAUGGCACGGAUGAAGAUAUUCUGUUCAUCUACACAGACAGCUGACACCCUCCAGACACUGCUGCUCCUUCCUGCACAGCCUGCAGGGCAGCUGGCUGCUCGUCUCAGGACUCCCCUGCACACACCUCCCUCCUGGACUGCAGCGGGACCCUCACCAAGGGAGGCUUUACAGACAUUGACAGGACUAUACUGCAAUGCUGUCUUUACCUUUUUCUCUUUUUUUUUUUUUUUUUUUGAUUUUGCAAUAUCUGUCUUUGGUUUUUUUUCUUCCCCUAAUUUUCAAAAUUGCACAUUUGACAGCAGUUCUAAAAUACAGGCCCAGAGCCUGUUCACUUUCAGCUUAUUUUCAAAUUAAACACAUAAGAAAAAGCACCAAAUUUAUGAAUUUUAACACUUGGUAAUAUUUGCAUAGGUUUAGGUGAACAAAGGAAAAAAUAGAAAAUACCUGUUACUCUCUCUGUCAAAGCAUGAAGGGCUGGUCUUCAUACAAAACCUAUGGAUUUGAAGUUCAGCAGAAUAUUGUAAAAGGAAAAAAUUAUUAAUUUAAACCAUCUUUAAAUAAGAAAAAAAAGCCUUGCUGGUUCAUCAGUAUUGUCUGCAAUGUAGGAAACUUCCCACCUACCAAAUUCACAGAGAUUUACCAUUUAUGCAACUGCAAUACUGGAAUUACUCCCUUGCACUACAAACUCAAUCUCUUUUGGCUAAAUCCUCUUGGAUGACUGCUCAGAACUCCACAUUGCUCCAAAACUUAUAAAUGGAAAGAUUUUAUUUGCACUGGGAAGUCUUUACUGCUCUUUGCAAAAAGCUCUGAAUGUUAUGCCACCCACAUGUGCCAGUUUCUGCAGAAUCCAUUCUAAAUAUGAAUAUUUUAAAUAUUUAAACUUAUUAAGCAAAUGCAGAAAAUUGUCAUCCACACUAAUGGUAUAUAUUUUGUGUGUAAAUUGUAAAUAUCUGACAGCAUCUACUGCAUUGUAUCUAAAAUGCUAAAUCAUAAUUUGAGCCAAAUUUUGCUGUUAGUAUUAGUUCAGUGACAUUCUCAGAAGAGCUAAAAUCAAUUAAAGAAAGAGGAAAUACAAACAUACCUUCUACAAGUAAGAAGGCAGGAACUUAGAUUGUUCUAGCUCUUAUACUGCAGCUGUAUGUGGAUAAAGGUGUUGCUAUAUUGAGACAUUAAGUGAAAUUGGUAAUACCCAUUCAUAGCCCUUUCCUCUGUUACCUGAGGAGCACUCUGAAGUGUAAGAAAAAAACACUUCUUUCAGCUUCAUCCAUCCUAAUUUCUUACAAGUCUCAAUUUUCAGUCCUGCCUAUAUGAAAGUGAGUAGGAAAAUCAGCACUGACAUAAAACUAGGAAAAUUUGCACUUAAGACAGAGGUCCCACAUCUCUGGCAUGGUUUUAGGAAAAGAACUGUUCAAGUUCUGAAACUGUGUGGAUAUAACAAAUAGGAAUCUACUUUCAGCAUAGAAAGUUUUUUACCAAGAUAAACAUUUUCUUUUAUCAGUUGUUGACUAACUGAAAAGUAGACAGUGUUGACUAAGUACUAGUAGAAUCAAGAGUGCUCCUUUGUACAAAGGCAAAAAUAGUAACAGACACCUAAAAAUGCAGUAACCCUUAAAAAAUCCAAACAAAAGUGCAUGACAGGAAGUUUUGUGUGUCAAAUUUCAAUUAUCAUUGGUGAAGUUUAAAUACAUUCUGGCAGUGAUGAGCAACAGGUAGGAUGUGGUUUGUGGAGAACUGGUCCAUCAGUGCCACCAGCAGAAUCCUUCCAGAAGAAAGGCACAAAACCUGUGUUUGUUGUAGGUGGUGCCUUUCAACUCCUCCAAAGUAAAUAAACAGAAAACUCCUGAUCUGGGAAUUUUUAUAUCCAGGGCCAAAAUUGUGAUGUUUGAUUUUGAGAGAGUGUAUUAGCUCAGUUAAUAAUUAACAGGUAUGGAAGCUACAGGCUCUUAGAGUACCCCCUUAACCCAUGCAUUUUCAGGUUCAUUCAAUCCCAUUAAACUGCCACAGGAUUUGUCUUAGAGCAGGCUUGAUUAGUUGAAUAAAACCAAUUCUUACAAAGGCUUCUAACUGGCAUUCAGCAUCUCACUGUUUCCAUUACCAAAAGUGAAUCCUGGGUGUACAGAAAACAUGAACUUAAGGGCAGGCUCAGUGUUCUGAAGUGCACACACAGGUGUAACAAUAUUGACAGGUAAGUGUUGGGUACCCAGGGUUUAAAUGCUUCAACAAAAGUGAAAGAUAAACAAAGCAGACAAAAGGAGAAGUCCCCUACAACAGGAUGUCAUACAGCUGCCAAAUGGAAGAUGGCUGUGAGAGAUGAAAACACAAGGGAGAAGCAAAAGCCCACUGAGAAGACCGAGUAUGUGACACCAAUUCAACUGAAAAAGCAGCUCACUGCACAAGCACCCAGAACCACCUGCAUUUUCUGAGACUUUGUUUCCUAUUACAAGAUUACUCUGAAAAUGUUCUGUUGCUUUGUUUCUGUCAGGAUGUCAAUAGCAAAGGAAGGGGAUUUUACAUGCAGGGAUUUUAUACAUAAAUAUAUUUUUAUUUGUAAUUAAGCCAUUCUCAAUAAAGGUUAAGCUCACAAAUAACCUGGUAACAUAA